CCUACCGGCGCUGACCUGUGGGACUGGGGGUUAAGUGCAGCGGUUACACUCUCAAUAUCAACCAAAAAUGGCCGGGAAAAUGUACCUAGCCCAUACAAGUCUCGUGUGCGGAAGUCGCAACGCUGUGGGCAUCUCCAGGUCGUGCCUGCCUUAUGGGCAACGAUCUGAUGCCCGAUCUUCCACAGGCAAACCAUCUCUGCCCCACCUUCAACAGAAACUCUUGUGACAAAACACCUCAACUCUACAACUCUUGUGUCUUGUCAACUCCUUCCACUCCUCCAAACACCUUCACCAUGGCGGAUCAAUACCAGUCCGGCCAUCAAGAGGUCGUUCCAUGCCUUUUGAGUGAUUACGAUGACGAUGUGGAGGCCCAUCGCGAAAGCUUCCAGGCGUUCAUGACAAGACAGGCCGAGGAGCACUGGGCGGCCGAAAUCAGCUCUCUGGAUAUCGAAGAGUCCGCCGACAGAAUCGCAACUGUUAUCGAGCAGGAAGUCAACAGACUCGCCAAGAAGCUCGAUGUGAUCGCAACGGCUAUGGCUGCUGAGGCCGACGGUGCCCAGGCAAACCGACUGCUCGCCAUGAUUCCAACCAAGUUGAAUCUGAUGGCCAGGCUUGAGGACUUGGCCUUCUCUCGGCUUCAGCCAGUUGAGGGAUCGGCUGAGCGGCCACUAGCCAUUGAGGACGUAUCUCCGUCAACUUCACAGGGCUCAACCCAGUGUGAGAUUUCGGGGCGGCUAGAUGGCUACGACCGACAUGUCAGCCAGACUCCCAUUAAGAAACGCAGCGAGAGCCCGAUCAAGAUUGAAUCACCUACUCCGACCAAGCGUCGUCGAGUCAAUUUUUCAGAGGACGGGGCAUCCCGGGUGUCUGAGCCUACGCCAGCCCUGUCCCAUGCUCUGCAUACUUCCUCCCCUUCGUUGCCGCAAGCCCUCCUCAGCAAAGGUGGAAAUUCUGGUUCGGGACAUCAGGAUCCAUCGCCAUCACCUUUGCUAUCCCAAUCAAAGAUUGCGCCUGCUCACCAUGCAACACCUUUCAAUCAGCGAUACGACCUUUCGAAGGCCGUCUCACCAUCUGCGAAGAAGAAGCCAGCACAAACCAAGAAACCAGCCCAGGCUUCAAAGCCUUGUCACGGAAAACCACUCUGCAUAUCUAGAGCUAGCCUUUACGAGGUUCAGCACCGCGAGUGGAUUUUCAAUUUUCAGAGCUCCGGCUGGUGCGUUCUUCGUUGUGGCCGUUUCAACUGUCUUAACCAAGGUCCGGUCACCGGAGGCAUUUUUGAUACAGGCUCGGUUCAGCAGAUCAGCGCGUGGGUGAACAAUAGCAACGACGUAAUCAGAUACACAAAUUUGAACACAUCAGAGAAGUAGGGAUACCUUCAUGGUGGUGAUUGUUUGCAAUACCGCGAGAGUAGCCUUGAGCUUUUAAAUAUACUGUCGGAUUAUACUGGUCUUUGCAGGACGAUGAAAGCUUUUGUUUUGUUUACAAUCUUCAUGUAUCAGGGCUAGUUAUUGCCGGAGACUCUAUGUUGUAUGGAUGCCUAUCGAGCUAUGCAUGUAUCACGCUGUAAGACAGCCCGUAACCAUUUGGCUUUAGGAGCGAGCA